AUGGAUUCUGAACUAGUCCACCCUUCAGGUGUAAUUGGUUAUGAUGAAAAUGGUUUCUCAGCACCCAAAAUCACAGUUGCAGAAGGGAAUGGAGAACCAAGAGCUGAUGAACAUCCACAAAUUCCUGGUUGGUUUGCUGAACAUUGUCCAAUAUGGCCAGGGGAAGCACACUUCUUGAAGGUAGAAAACACUUGUUUCCAAGGGAAAUCUGAAUUUCAAGAUAUGCUAGUUUUUCAGACAUCAACAUAUGGCAAGGUAUUUGUUCUUGAUGGAGCACUCCAACUCACUGAAAAAGAUGAAUGUUCUUACCAAGAAAUGAUGACUCACCUUCCUCUUUGCUCAAUCCCAAACCCAAAAAAGGUGCUGCUUUUUGGUGGAGGUGAUGGUGGCAUCCUUAGGGAAAUUUCCCGACACUCUUCUGUUGAACACAUUGACAUUUGUGAAAUUGACACUAUGCUCAUUGAUGUUUAUAAAAAAUAUUUCCCUGAUAUAGCUGUUGGAUACAAGGACCCCAGAGUCAAGCUUCAUGUUAUAGAUAUAGAUGGAACAGUUUUUCUGAAUUCUGUCCCAAAAGGAACUUACGAUGCAAUUAUAGUGGAUGCCUUCGACCCAAUAAGGCCUGAUCAUGAGCUAUUUGAAACUCAAUUCUUUGAAUUGAUUUCAAAAGCUCUUCGUCCCGGAGGAGUUCUAUGCAUCCAAGCUGAGAGCUUUUGGUACAAGUCCUUAGAUAUUGAACAACUUUUAAUCAAAAGCCGCCAAAUUUUCAAAGGCUCUAGUGACUAUGCAUGGACAAAUGUUCCAACAUAUCCAAGUGGGGUCAUUGGUUUCUUGCUUUGUUCCACUCAAGGUCAACAUGUGGACUUCAGAAAUCCAAUUAACCCAAUUGGUCAAGAAAAUUAUGGGGUAUCAAAGUACCCUUUGAAGUAUUACAACUCAGAGAUUCAUUCAGCUUCAUUUUGCUUGCCAUCUUUUGCCAAAAGAAAUGAAGCUAAGAGUGUUGCAAAAGGAGUUUGA